AUGUCACAAAUCACCUCUUCACUUCUUAAAGUAGUGAACACUUAGAUUUAAGACCUUGAUUAACAUAUCUAAAAAUAGGAGAGAAUAAUUAAUGAUUAAGCGAGUGAGAUUAAAUCAUUAAAGAAUAGAAUCAAUCAAAAGGAUAUAAUGAGUUAACCAAUAUUUGAUAAUCCAAUCGAUCAAUUAUUAGCAUAUCCCAAAUCCCUAAACGCUCUUGGAUUAUAGAUUUAGGAAGAAUUUGAGAAGCUAAAAAAAUAAUUAUAAGAAAAGGAAUAAGAAUUACAGCAACUUAAAUCAGGGACAGAUAGUCAAAGAAUAUCCUACAAGCCAAACACUUCAUAGGUUGAUGAAGUUAUAAAAUAGCAUGAGGAGUUGAACGAUAUUUUAAUUGAGUUAGAGAAAAAGCUAUAUGAUAAGAAGCAAUAGUAAUAAGAAUUAGAAUAGAUCAUGGAAUCCUAUGGGGAAGAUGAUAAAAUAUUAAAAUAAAUGAAAUCAUAAGCGUCUGUGUUGAAUGAGCAAUUAGCAGUGGAGAAAGCAUACAAUUAAGAAGUAAGAGUUCAAUUAAAGAAAUUGUAAUAAGACACUUAGAGCUUGAAUGCUUAAUUGGAGAAGUAAUUAGCAGAAAAAUAAGAAAUUGAAGAUCACUUAGCCAAAACAAAAAAUUAAUUAGAAUAUUUAAGAUCUUAAAAUAUUAUGUUAGGAAUUGGUACUCCUACAAAGGGUGAAACCGAAAAAUUAAUAGCAAUUGAUGACUUAGUAAAAUAAAAUUAAGCAGUGGAUGAUAUGAUGCAUGAACUGUAAGUUAAAUUGCUUGAAAAAUAAUAAGCUCACAAUCUAAUUUAAGACUAAAUAAGCAUGUUUGAAAACGAGCAACACUCUUCAACCUCGCUUAAACCCAAAAAUAUAUCCUCAAGAAAAGAAUUAAUUUCAUAAUUAGAAGUAGAAUAACAUGAAUGUGAUAUAAUUCAAUAACAAUUGAAAUUAAAAUAAAUUGAAGUUUAAGAGUUAAAAGUUAAAUUGAAGAAAGAGGAAUAGGAAGUUUUUAGAUUAUAAAACUAAUUGCAAGAGGAAAUAGAAGUCAAGGUUUCAGUUGAAUAGCAAAUCUAGAGUGUGUAAUAAAGACAAAUAGCAAUUCAACCAACAGUAACUUCUUAUAUUCAGGAAUUACCAACAAUAAAUAUAUUUGGUCCAUAAAAUGAAUCAAUUCCUCAUGACUAUUAAUUUUAGAUUGAUUAAUUGUAGGAGACAAUAAAAUAAUAGGAAUCACAAAUUGAGUUCUUGAAAUUUGAAAUUCAGUAGAAAGAUGAAAUAAUGAGUAUGUCACAACAUACUUAUUUGUAAGAUUUGAAUUAAUAGAAUUUAGAUGUUGAGAAUAGGAUACAAGAGUUGAAGUAACAAUUAAGUUAUAAGAUAAAAAGAAGAGAUCAAUUGGAAUCGAUUGUGAUUGAGGAUUAGAAACCUAAGAGGAAAUCAUUUAUUCAAAAUACGGAGUUGAUGGAUAUGUAAGAAUAAUUGCAUGAGAAGAACAUGAAUAUUGUUUAAUUACAUGAAGAAAUAUCUAAGUUGUAAAAAUAAUUAUACGAUAAGGAAUAAGAGUUAUAAUAAAGAGAUGUUGAAUUAAGAUAUUAAGCAUUAAUGAAGACAAAUGAAGAUUAAUGUGAGAAGGCAGAUGAAUUGGUGAAAAAGAAUUUAGCAAUGGAUGAGUUGAUUCAUUAAUUAGAGGUAAGGUUGGUGGAGAAAGAAUCAAAAUUAAAGGAAUUAGAAUAUUUGAAUUCAUCAAAGAAUUUUGAAAUAGAGUCUAAUCAAAAUAAUAAUUCAUUUUACAAAGAUAGAGAAAGUAUUGUAAGAGAUAGUGGAAUUAAUUCGUAUGAUUAAGAUUAAGAUUAUCAAUUUGUUUAAUAACAAUAAAUUUUGGCUGGAUUCAGUAGUAAUAUGGAUUAGUUAAAGAGUAGAGUGGAAUGUUAAAAAUAUGAGUUGUAAGAAAAGGAUAAGAUUAUUGAAUAACUUAAACAAUAAUUAAGUGAUCUGAAAAGAAGUCAUUUCAAUCAAUAGAUUUUGGCAACCUAGGAUGUGUCUGUUAUUAAUAGACAAAUCAAUGUGUUGCAGGAAUAAGCUGAUAAUUUAGUAAAAUAGAAUCUAGCCUUAGAAGAUGUUAUUCAUGAAUUAGAAUUCAAGUUGUAAGAGAAGAAGAAUAAAUAAGAAGAAAUAUACAAGGUAAUAUAGAAUAUGAUGGAAGAAGAAGUUCAAUAAAGAUAAUAAAAAUCAGAUGAGAUGGUUAAAAAGAAUUUAGAAUUGGAUGAGAAGAUUUUAUAAAUGGAAUCAAGAUUGACCCAAAAAUAACUAUAAUAUAAUGAAUUAGAAUAAAGAUUGUCUUAAAAUCAAAGAUCUAUGCCCUGGCCUUUAUAAGUGUUCCAUGAGAAUCAGAUAAUCUAGGAUUAAAACUCUAAUUUAUCUGAUUUAACUAUUUAAAUUGCUUAAAUAACAGAAUCAGUCAGAUAAUUAAGUCAAGAUGAUAUUGAACUGGAGUUCUUAUUGAAAUAAAAGAAGGAAAAGUAAUCAUAGAUUGAAUAAUUAAAAUUAUUUAUCUAAUCUUCUGCUACUGUGUUACAAGAUUUGUAGACUGAACAAUAAAUUAAAUAAGAAUAAGUAGAAAAAAUGAAAUUACAAAAUAAAGACAUAGAAUCAAUGGUCAAUGAUUUAUAAGCCUAACAAGUUACUUUAGUUGAGGAUGUUAGUAAGUCAUAAUAAAAUGUUCCAGAAUGGUUGAGUUAAAAUAUAGAAUCGUCUAAAAGGUUAAAUGAACUUCAAAAGGGACAGCAGAAGGUUAAAGAGCAAAUAAAAAAUUUGGAAUCCUUGAUUUUAGAUCUACAAAUUGUUGUUAAGGAAAAAAAAGAGGAAUUGUAGAGAAUAUCACAAGAAAAUUAUUAAUUAUCAAUUCUAACAAGAAAAUAGAAAUAGAAGAGAGAUCAUUUAUUAAGAGAAUAAAUGCCCUUGGGAGAGAAGGUAGGUCUACUCGAAUAGUAAGUGAAUGACUUGUAGGCAGAAAUCACAAGAUAUACGCCUGAAUUAGCUAGGUUAUUCCAAGAGGUUGAAUCAAAAAAAUAAGUAAAGUAAACGAAGGAAUAAUAAAUAUCAUCAUUGAGUAUUGAGAGUUAACAAUUAGAUUAAAACAUUAACUAAUUAAAGGAUGAUAUUGAAUAAGCAAAGAUAUUGGAAUAAUAAUUGCUGGAUCAAUAAAAUUAGUAUAAAUAAAACAAUGCUUUGAUAGAAUAAGAAAUUAAGAUCUACACAGAAAUGAAUUUAGAUAGUGCGAAUAUUAAUAGAAAAAUUGAAGAUCUAACUGUUCAAAUUUCAGAGGAAAAGUAGUUAUUAGAGUAGUUGAUUGAAGAAUUACAAAUUCAAAAGGAAUAGGUUUUGUUGAUUGUACCUUAGAAGGAAGAAAUACAAAGAUCAUAUUUAUAGACCAAAUAAUAAUAUGACUAGAGUGUUGAGGAUUUAUCUGAAUAAUAGAAGUCAUAAUAGAAGGUACUAGAUUAAAAGAAUCAAGUGAUUUAAGAAGUCAAUUAUCUGAAAUUGUAUACAGAAAAUCAAGAGAAAUAAUUAGUUGAAUUGCAGGCUUUAAGGGCAAAAUUAGAGGAUAGUAUAAAAUAAGAAAAUACAUUGAAAAAUGCAAUAUAGGAUAAAGCUGAUAGGAUUUAAUAAGAGUUGGAUCGAAACAAAUAAGCAACUCAGGCAUAAAUUUAAAUUUUAGAAAAGUAAAAUAAAGAAAAGGAAUAAAGAUAGGAGUAGAUUAAGAAAAUUCAAUUGGAUAUAGAAGAUUAGAAGAAUAAUUUAAAUAAACUUACAGAUUAAUAAAUGAAACAUUUGCAUCAGUUAGAUUAGAUUGAAAAAUUAGAUAAGGAUAUGGAAAGAUUGAUGAAGGAAGUAUUUGAGAAGGAAGAGUAGGUUUAAUAGUAUGCAGGAUUAGUUUAUUAGAAAUAAUAAAAAGUAAAUGAUUAAAAGUAGAAGUUCAAUUAGUUGGAGGAUGAAUUGAAAUUUUACGAGAAGGAAGAGGAAGAAAUUAAAAAGAGGAUGUCUGAAUUAGAUUAGAAUCUAAGUAAAUUGGAAAGAGACUUUUAAAUAAAGUCAGAAUAGAGGAGUAAAUUUGAGGAUGACUUAGCAAAGGCUGAAAUGGAUAUUGCUAAUUUAGAGGAGAUGCUAAGAAAUAAGGAUGAAGAACUAAGAACUUUGAAUGAAUCUAAAGAAGAAUUGUUGAAACUUAAAUAGUAGUAUUAUAAUAUUCAGGGAGAGAUAAGAGAAAAGUAAGAGUAGAUCUAAGAAUUUGAGAAAUAGAGAUCUAAGUUAUCAGAGGAAAUCAAGAAGGAAUAGGAGCAAUUGACAGAAAUCAGUUAAGAGGUGUAUCAUAUUGAAGUAAGAGAGGAAGAGAUGAAUUUUUAAAUAAAGUAGAAAUUGAAGAAUUUUAAAUUAACUAAAUGA